UGUAUCAAACACUGCGAAUCUUUAUAUACAACAAUAUUAUAAAUUAAUUUCUGCUGAUAUUGAACAAAAAACUGGCCAAAAGCCUAAACAAAAAAAAACUAAAUUAAAUGGUGUGUUUGUCUUUGGACUUCAAUUAGAACAAAUUAGUAAAAUUCGGGAUAAAUGGUCUUCAGCAAAAAGAUGUAAACCAUUUGAAGAUCUUGGUAACUCAAUGCAGUUAAAGCGUAGUAAAAAAUUUGGAAAUCAGAUUUUAGAUUUAUUUGAAGAACAAGUAUUACAAACAUUUAAUGAAGAAGAUAAAGUUUUACUUGAAGGAUUAAUUUUUUCAGUAGGUGCACGAAGAUUUCAUAUAAAUUAUAGAGAGUUAAAUAGCAAAGAUACUGAUUUGCAAAAACAAGCUGUUGUAAAAGCAAUGGAUAUUGGAAGAGUAUCACGAAAUACAUAUCGAUUAUUAGCUGCAAUUGGACAUGAUCUACCAAGAGAAUGGGCUGUUUCUGCAAUGCAACAACAAAUUAAUUAUCAAAUGUCAAUAUUU